AUGGAGGCGAGACUGGCCACAUCGGACACAGAUGCAAGGGAGCAGACGCUGGAGCAGUCGAUGGAGCCUUCUCAGCUAGAGCCUGGGACGGAGAGCCCUGCAUCAAGUCCUUCACGGGAGCGUUCAGCAGAGGCAGCAGAGGCAACAGAGGCUUCCGUGGCAGAUCUCGGAGAGGAGAUGGAAACAACGCAAGGAGAACAUCCACAGCAAGUGGCUUCUGCUGCUGAAGCCAGUUCGCGCGUGGUGGCCUCGCCGACCAGUCCAAAGACACCGCAUUCAGCAGCUUUAGAGGCAGCCUUGCGUGAGAUCCAACUGAAGAAGGAAGGAAUCGUAGGAACUGAAGGAACUGAAGGGCCAGCGGAUGCCACCAGCGAUGCGGCUCGCUCUUUAAGUCCUCCUUCUCCCAAGGCCACGGGUUGGCCUCAAGCGGGCUCGCCCAAAACAGAGGCUGGCGCUGGCGAGACCGAGGACGAGGAGUCGGAGGCUGCAGCCGGUCUAGCGGCACUGGUGUCGGCCAACUUCUCGCGGCGUGUGGCUGCGGGCUCGGCGGCGCAGGACGCCAUCUCGAUGGAGGAGCUGCCGGGCGAUGAGGCUUCCCUGCCACAGGCAGGCUUACAGCACCAGCACACUCGGGUGGCUUGGCGACCACCUCUCCCGGCAUUGCUUACUACUCGCAAGCGGAUUGAUCCUCCAGCAUGCUUCCUGUGCAGCUUGAUCACCAGGGCCAUGACGCGCUUGGGCACUCAAAAAGGGCGGCUCGGCUGCGUAUGGCGUGGUGAUGGGGCGCUGGACGAAUGGGGACGGACGACGGGACGACGGGAUCCGGCCGAACGACCUGCAACUCGGACGGACGCCAUCACGGAUAAUGCCGCGAGGACUGGUGAGGAGGAGUAUGAGGAUGUAGAGGAUUCACCGUUGGAUGUGGAGGACUCCCAGGAGGAAGGCGGGCGCCUGCGUCCCCGCAUGAGCCAAGUCACCGCUGCAGCCUUGCUCUCGAAGGUGAAGGAGCAGGGGAGCUCCGAUGUGGUUCACCCAGAGGUUCUGAAGCUGCAGAAGCGGCUCAAAGAGGAACUGGAGCAAGAGCUUCGUGCUGAGGAGGAGGACGCGCAGGUCUCCAGGGAAGAGCUGGAAGCCAAGGUGUCCUUCCUGCAGGUGCACUUGGAGGCACAAGGGCUGUUAAAGCCCAAAGAUGCGGAUAACCUCUACUUGAUGGCCUUGGCGGAGAUGUCGGGCGACAGCGUGGCCGCCGGCGAGUUCGCGCGCCGCGCGCUCUCGGAGAAGCCGUCCGAGUCCUCCGAGUCCAGUUGGUCGCCGCGCCACGCGAAGGAGAUGCUGUCGCCAUCCAUGAGGUUGCGAGCGCAGCAGCUGGUUGAAAGCAUGGAAAAGGAGAAGGCUGAAGUGGACCGUCGACUGCCUGUGAAGCCGAGAGGUAUUCUCAAGGCCGAUCGGAGUCAGAGCUCAGACCAAGUGUCACUGCCUUCAGACGCCGAAGUCCCCAGCGAGAAUCGCAACUGGCGGGGCAAGAUUCUUGCACGUAGUGCCUCAGGCUUGCGGAAGAUGAAUACCACCCCGGAGUUGGAGCCGCCAGAACCUUGGCAGGUCGAUGAGCAGACGCCGUCUCAGGUCUCGGCGGCGCAGAUCUCCAAGGUGGUGCGAAAAGCCGAACCCUGGGCGCGGCCGACGGUGGCCACCGAGGAUCCGGCAGAGAUCACGUUGGAGGGCUUGGCCACUGGGCCUCGCGGCGCGCGGCGCCAGGACUCCUCCGAGCCAGGCGAUCUUCGUGAACACCGCGAGGCACCUGUACUGCCAGACGUCCGAGCACGAAGGCGCUCCUCGUUGGAUGCCGCCGAGUUGGACUCGCUGGUGGCAGUGGGCCGGAACACCCUCAAGGAGGAUGAUGCGGAGGCUGAGGAGGCUGAGGAGGAGCGGCUGCGAAGCCCCACCUGGGUGGACGACUGGAUCCAUUCGGCCCAGGCCGUGACCGCCACGAACCUGCCGUCGACGCCCUUCGCCCGGGCGGUGCCGCCGGAGCCGGCGGCGGCGCUUGGCUUCGCGUCGGCAGUGGGAUCUCUGGAUCGAAGCUCGGAGCAGAGGGAGCAUGGAGAGCAUGGAUGGAGGGUUUUCACUCAUAUUUUGAUGCCCUUGGAGGAGCCACCAAAUUUGCUAGUGCCUGAACCUGGGCCGAAGGAGCAGCCCAUGGUGGCGAUGAUCGCUCUCCAGGCAGAUGGCGCUGGCAGUAAAGGCACGUCCCACCGCGACGAUGCGCAGGGCGCGGGCAGCUCCAGACGCAUGCGCGGCUCCAAACCGAUCUCCAGCCAAAAGCGGAGAGAGAAGGGAAGCCCACGGAUGGUUGGCUUUGAGCCGGUUCCGGCGGUCAGGCGGCGCGACAGCGACGCGGUCGAACGAAAGGAACCGCUCAGCCAGGACGCGUCCGUUGCGGCCGCGGAGGCGGAGGCGGCGGAGGCCGCGGCGCUUUCCUCCGCGGCAGAGGUGCUACCGGAGCUGUCCCAAGAGGCCGUGGUGAUGCCGGUGCCGGAGGAGCCGGCGGAGCCGGAGGAGCCGGAGGUACAAGUGGAUGAGCUGUUGGAUCCCGAACGCAGGCCCUCGAGCGCGGUGAAUUCGGAGGUGACCUCGGAGGACGAGGAGACCAUGAGGCGCCGCCGGGAGGAGCAACGCCCACAAGGCGAGCAGGAGGACGGCACCUCUUCCUCGGGCGUCCGAAGGACACCGUCGAAGACGGCGCUGGGGAAGAGCUAUCAACGCUCCAAAGGUAGCAAGAUGGACCUACUCCUGCGCAGCCGCUCCUUCUUGUCCAGCAACAGCCUGAUGUUGGACGAAGACGAGGAACCAGGUGAUUCUGGGGAAGAGAUGAAGGUUGUGGAAGCGACCAAGGAGCUCGCGGUGAAGCGAUGGAAGUUGGGUGGCCUCGCAGUUCAGGCCGUGCUGCGGCUGAGGGGUGCAUUGAAUAGCCCGCAGCCGGGCUCCAGGCGCACGAGUCUCUCCUCUCGGCUGGAGGAAGGUCCUCCCGAGCCUCCCCAGCCGUCGCGACGCGAGAGCCGCGAGUCCAUGGAGCCGCGCACGCUCGUGGAGUCGCGCCGCACCAGCCAUGAGGCUCCUCCACUGCAAGCCACCGGCCUGCUGGGCCUCGGCCCUGCGCUCCCAGCGACGGGUCCGGAGCGCAAAGCUGGAGUUGCCAAGCUUCCGCAACUGGACCAAGCUGAUGCACGGGAGCAGGAGAGCCAUCCGCCCAGUGGCAAACUGAAGAUGCCGCCUGUGCCAAUGCGCUUGGAGGUCCCGGAGGCCGGUAAGAUGAAAGUGGAGGCUUCCCGAAACGAAAGCAAGUCGAAGGUGCCGGAGGCGCCCCGCUCGGCGCGCACGCCACGACUCCCGGACGCGAAGGUGAAGGCGGAGGGAGGUGGCACAUCCUCAGGAGCGGCCACUGCUCGAGCACCCGCCACUGCUCGAGCUGCGCCCAACAGCGUGACGUUGACCGCUGCCACGAUCCAGGCCUUGCGCUCAUUGGAUGCACCAUACUUGAGCUCCUAUGGCAAGUCCGAGCAGCGCCUGCUGAGCGCGCACACCACCGCCACGACCUUCCUCAGCAAGGAUGACUCCAGGACCACCUUAAAGGAAGAUUCAAGUGUGGGCUUCUCGCCUUACGCAUCCCAGACAGAGCUGCACCAAGCGUCCACCAUGUCCUACCAGAGCUCGGUGGCGAAGCUGUCGAGCUACUCCGCCGAGUCCGAGAAGCAUCACUCCACGGAGGAGCCUCACCCGCAGCAUCGGCAUGCGCAGCAUCCGCAUCCGCAUGUGCCGGCGCAGCCCCACGGGCCGCAUGCGGUGCUACCAACCGUGGAGCGAAUCGCUUAUGGAGUCGAAACAGCCCUGCUGAACCCCAAAGGGAAGCUGAUUGGAAGCCCUGGUUGUUGGACUUCCGGGCUCAGCAAAGAGGUGGGCGAGGUCUAUGUCACGACUCCUGGGCCGGUGCUGGAGAUCCGGAAGAGCCGGAUGAAGGGCCAUAAGCUGGUGGCGUCCAACUUCGUGAAGCCCAAACGACGACCGGUCGAGGUCUCUGCGAUGCCGGGCAGCGCGCAAGGUGGCCUUCGCCGAGUGCCACUCCACAGCUCACUCAGAGGAUCGCAGCUGCACCACUAA